ACAAUCCAACUCAUACUUUUCAUCAUAUCUUUACAUUUAAUUAUUGUCUACCUCAUUUAUAAGUGGAUCAAUUCAGCCAUGGAAAUCAUUCCAUUAAUUCUUCGAUUCUAUAUAUCAUCCUAAUCCUUUCUUCUCCAAAAACCCAUUUCUGGAUCAUAAAUCAUUCUGGUAAUUAUGUAAGUAUCCAAAUUCUUGUAGUUGAUUAAUUCCUUCUUUAAUUUUCAGGAUAUGGAUGAAUGAAUGGAUGGAAGAUAAAUGAAUGCACUUGAUUGGGUAUUAGGUCAUAUUCAUCUUCUUCUUCAUGAUGAUCCCUACACCAAACACAAAUAAACACACACUUUGACUGGAAAAAGAUGUUCAAAAUCAAGUUAUUACCAAACCCAUUUCUUAACUUUUUAUUAUUUUCUUGAAUUGACUAUGCCCUUCUUCUUCUUCUUGUUCCUCUUGUUGGGGCCGGCAGCUCUCUCUCUCUCUCUCUCUCUCUCUCUUUCUCUCACUAUAUAUAGGAGAAGUCGUUAAUUAGUUCAUGCAUGGAGCUUGAAGCAGCUGCAGGUAGGAAUAAGAGAAAAAUGGUAAAUGGGAAUCAGAAAUUUCAAGCAAAAAUAACAGCAUUAGUGGUAGAUGAUGACACCACCAAUCGAACCAUUCACAGGAGGCUGUUGCAAAAUCUUGGCAUAGAAAAUCAGGAGGUGAGAAAUGGAAAGGAAGCUAUUGAUCUCCAUUGCUCUGGCAGAAAUUUUGACCUCAUUCUCAUGGACAUGGAUAUGCCUAUCAUGAAUGGCAUUGAGGCAACCAAGCAACUGCGUGCCAUGGGCAUACGUAGCACCAUUGCUGGUGUAUCUACGCGUUCCAUGGAAGAACGAGUGCAAGAAUUUAUGGAAGCUGGUUUGGAUGAUUACCAAGAGAAGCCUUUGACGAGUGCUAAGCUCAUUUCCAUCCUCCACAAGAUCAACCACAAUGCUUCAAUAGUUUCAUAAUGCAUGCAUGAGUUCUAAAGAUUCGAGUGUAUUUUCAUUGCAUGCCAACAAUUUGAUAUAGAGCUAGAUUUGGAAGUUAAAGUUUAACCAUAAAGUUUGCUUGAGUCUUGUCAUACACCUUGCAGAAUCAAAUUCCAAACUGAAUACAAUUGAAUUUUUUU